AUGAAAGCCAUUUUGUCACCUCAUAUACUGCUGCUUAAAUUCCCAACCCACUCAGGAGUCGGUCAGGUCUGGGGGGACCAAUUGAGCGCACGGGUAUGCUACGUGUCAUCCACGGCGGAAUCAGCAACUCGGACGUCUGGGCAAAGGCCGCCCGAAACAUUGGCCGUUACCCACCCAAACAUGCCGAACGGCAAAGAAGGGACCGAACGUACCGAUGACCCCCGAGAUGACAACGUCACGCUGCAAGCCCAACCUACCGAAGAGCUUGAAACGAUCUCCAUCUCCGACACACAGGAUCGGCAGGUCCGAAUCGGCACUUCCCUCAGUCCGUCUCUCUGGAUCGACUUCAUUACCAUUCUAAGGGCCAAUUCGGAAGUUUUUGCCUGGUCUUACAACGAUAUGCCUAGGAUCUCCCCGGACGUCAUCAGCCACAAGCUCAGCAUCUCCCCUUCCUUCAGGCCAGUCCGACAGAAGAGACGAUCCUACGACGCCGAACGAUACGAGGCCAUGAAGACUGAAGUAGACAAGCUUCAGGCAAUCGGCUUCAUCCGUGAAGUCACCUACCCCAUUUGGCUCGCCAACUCAGUCUUGGAGAAGAAAUCCGACGGUGCCUGGCGAAUGUGCCAAGAUUAA